CAAGAAAAGGAGAGAGAGAGAGAGAUGGGGAGAGGAAAGAUAGAAAUAAAGAGGAUAGAGAACUCAAGCAACAGACAAGUAACAUAUUCAAAGAGGAGAAAUGGUCUAAUCAAGAAAGCCAAAGAGAUCACAGUUCUAUGUGAUGCCGAGGUCUCUCUUCUUAUCAUCGGCAGCUCCGGCAAGAUUCACGAAUACUGCAGCCCUUCAACCAAUUUACCAGAUAUCCUUGUAAAAUAUCACAAGCAAUCUGGAAAGAGGCUAUGGGAUGCUAAACAUGAGAACCUCAGCAAUGAAAUUGAUAGAAUCAAGAAGGAGAAUGACAACAUGCAAAUUGAGCUAAGGCAUCUAAGGGGAGAAGAUAUUACAUCUUUGCACUAUAAAGAGCUAAUGGCCUUAGAGGAUGCCCUUGAAAACGGCCUUGGAGGUGUUCGUGAAAAACAGAUGGAGAUCUACAAGAUGAUGAAAAAAAAUGAUAGGAUACUGGAGGAGGAGCACAAAGAACUAAAUUUUGUGUUGCACCAAAGAGAGAUGGAACAAAACGGCUAUCAGCAUCAUCAUCAGCAACACCAGCAAUUGCAAGAUUUCGAGCCUCAAAUGCCUUUCACCUUUCGUGUCCAACCGAUGCAUCCAAAUCUGCAAGAGAGAAUGUAACUAGCUAGGGCUUUUAAUAACCAUGAACUGAUGCUUUCUCCUUCUCUCUCUAGCUUUCUCUGAGAGCUGAACUUUUAAUUAUGCAUUUCUCUCAAGUAGUAUAUGGGUCAUGUGGAGUCUUUGAGAAGAACUUCAGAUUUGCUACCUAUAUUUUUCAUCAAAUUGUAAUAAAUUUAUGAACUCCUAGUGU